GUUAGCAAGAGAGCUACCACUGGAUUUGACAGCUAUAGGAAGCCAAAGCGGAGGGCACCAUAAGGGGAGCAACAUUAUUUUCAUCUCGAAAGAAGAGUAAACAGUCACAUAACUCAAGAUGGCUUUCUUGAUCAAGAGCAUGAUUGGGAACCCCCUGUCAGGAAUUGGUCUUGGUGGUGGAGGUGACAAAGAAGAGGAGGCCACCCCCUCAGAUCCAGCCAAAGCAGCAGGGAUGACACGAGAGGAGUAUGAAGAGUACCAAAAACAGGUGGUGGAGGAGAAGAUGGAGAGAGAUGCAGAUUUCUUACACAAGAAGGCAGAGAGGGCGACACUCAGGGUCUGCCUCAGAGAUAAAUACAGACUGCCAAAGAGCGAGCAGGAUGAGAACAUGAUUGAGAUGGCCGGGGACGACGUGGACGUGCCCGAGGAGCUGCUCAAGAUGGUAGACGAGGACGCCACGGAGGAGGAGGGCAAAGACUCCCUCAUGGGCCAGAUUCAAAACUUGCAGAACAUGGACAUGGACCAGCUGAAGGAGAAGGCCUCGGCCACUGUCACUGAGCUGAAGAGCAAAGCAGAGGAGAAAUGCUCCGUCAUGUGAAGAAGGCAUGUGAUGAGGAAGAAAAAAGGGAGAAGAGAGUAAGACAAGAAAAUGAAUUUCAACACUUUCUGGGAAUCUACAGACCAAGCUGUGUUAAAAAGUCUGGGAUUCAGUCACACUGUAAAACGCCUACAAAGCAUUCACAUCUAUUAUAAGCACUAAAAAAGGCUAAUCACCUUCCUGAAAUAAAAAAAAAUAUGCCUGGCCACACCAUGGUGUUGUACUGUUACUGUUACCAAUCUGCAUCGAUUUUAAAAGAUUUUAAAUCAAGUCCAAGGCGCCCCAUCCCUACCCCAUUAUUGUUUUAGAUAAAUAAUGUAGAAAAUAUAUUUUCCCUGAACAUUCCCAGCAAAGUAUUUCUUUUCAAAUCUUUUUCGUAUCUUCACAGGCCACACUACAUUUCAAAAAUGCUGAUUAUUGGUGGUAUAAUGAUCACUUUUUCCGUUUGCUGUAAGAUGAGACAGUUCAGUCACUGUUUUUCAGUCAAAUAAAUAACAAUAUACCCAGACUUGCUUAUAAAAAAGAAAACCUUAUUUACGUCCAAAUCCAAUCCUGAGUAUUUCAACGUUCCUUUUGGUUUGUUGGUUAUUCUAGAUUUUUUUUUGUAUGUGGUGUUUGAAUUAAUUAUGAUAUUUAGAUUUUUUUUCUUUCAGUGUUAUUACGAGUCUUGACAUGUCGAUUUACUGUUACUUUCUCCACAUACACAGUUAAGCAGUUCAGUAAGCCUGAAACAUUUGCAGAGACAUUUGCAGAUUUGCACAAAUCAUCAUUUUAAAAUACUGAAUGAUUUAUUCCAUACAAAUGAAAACAAUGUACAUAAACACAGAUGAAAUAUAUGGAGGUACUUCAAACUGAGAAAA